UCUCCAAAGAAAACGAUAAAAUUGUCCCAGCAAUUUUGUUCUACAUACUAAACAUUUGCAUUGCCUUUUAUUUUGAAGCUGUUGUCCGGAAAUUACUUGAACGCCAAGUCGGGGUCGCUUCCUGGUUGAUGUGGAAAACUGCUGGGGUGAGGUCUGUUGUUGAAGCAAAUAAUGGAGGAAAUCAGUAAAAAAGAGCCACGGGAUAGUUCAAGUUAGUGGGAGCUUGAAGAAGUUGUUUCCUUCUGAUGUAACAGACAUUUAUUCCUUUUUGCGUAGUGCCGCGGUGCAUCUUCGCAUUAGCUCACUAUGGAGUGUUAGCCGCUAACCAAAGUCGCUAACGCUGCAUGCCGGUGCACCUGACUCCGGCUCCUUUGUCUCACUCAUGUCUUCAUUUCUCAGUGUCUGUUAGUUAACUUAACUUUUUUAAGUCAAACGCCAGCUUUUACUCCUCAAGUGGAAAGCUCCCACUGUUGGUAUCGAGGUACGCUGUCAAAACUAAACGACAAAGAACGCGAAAAGAUAAGUCUUUCCCCUCUUCCAGAAAUGUUUCAUGUCAUAUCUGCAAAUAUUUAUUUGUCGAAUUAGUCGAGCUAGUUCCGAAACAAAGACAUGGCGUCCUCCAAAGCAAAGGUCGGGGUAAACGGCGGAACCAACUCCGCGAAAGAAAGUAAGGGCAACCCCAGCAGUUCGACUGGAGAAGCAUCACCAAAUGUCCGGAUUUAUUGCCUCGAUGACCUGGAGACCAUUGCCACAGUUGGUACGGGGACCUUCGGCCGAGUGUUCCUGGUUAAGGACAAGAAGAGCAGAGCCUUCUUCGCCCUGAAGCAGAUGAAGAUCCCCGACGUGAUCCGGCUCAAGCAGGAGCAGCACGUCCACAACGAGAAAGAAGUGCUGACGGAGGUCAACCACCCCUUCCUCAUAAGACUGUUCUGGACUCACCACGAUGAACGUUUCCUCUACAUGCUCAUGGACUACGUGCCGGGCGGCGAGCUGUUCAGCUACCUCCGUAGCCGGGGGCGCUUCAGCAACACCACGGGCCUCUUCUAUACCUCUGAGAUCGUAUGCGCUAUCGAGUACCUCCACUCCAAAGAAAUUGUGUACCGAGACCUGAAGCCUGAGAACAUCCUGCUGGACAGCGAAGGGCACAUCCGCCUGACAGACUUCGGCUUUGCUAAGAAGCUCUCUGACAGGACCUGGACGCUGUGCGGCACCCCUGAGUACCUGGCUCCCGAAGUCAUCCAAAGCAAAGGUCACGGCCGAGCGGUGGACUGGUGGGCCCUGGGCAUCCUCGUCUUUGAAAUGCUGGCUGGGUAUCCACCGUUCUUUGAUGACAAUCCGUUUGGGAUCUACCAGAAGAUCCUCGCCGGAAAACUGGAGUUCCCACGUCAUCUGGAUUUCUAUGUCAAAGACCUCAUCAAGAAAUUUUUGGUCAUUGACCGAGCCAGACGGCUAGGCAACAUGAAGAAUGGAGCAGACGAUGUGAAGAAGCACCGGUGGUUCAAGACAGUCGACUGGGAGGGAGUUCCUCUGAGAAAACUGAAGCCUCCUAUAGUUCCCAAAGUUACCCACGAGGGGGACACCUCCAACUUUGAUGUUUACCCAGAUGACGACUGGAAGAAAGACCCUCCCGUGCCUCCCAAGGACUUGGAGACCUUCAAGAACUUCUGAACUGUCCUGACCUACCCUAGCUUAUUUAUUGAUUGAUUGAGAAAAUAUGGCGAGAUGAGACGCAGUAUAUUGUACAGCUACCAUUACAGGUGUAACACUUAUUUAUCAAAGCGGAUGGAGGGCAGUGUUUCAUCUUUAAUGACCACCUCUUAAAGUCCUAAACGUCAUACGCUGUGACAUGUAUCAAACCACAGAGAUUAUUUGUUUUUUUUUUUAUAUUUUUUUUAUUUAUCUGACUUAAGUCAGAUCUUUAUUUUUUUUUAAUUGUUCUUUUUUUCUCUGAACCUGUUUAACUCCCACAAAAAACGGAGAAUAAUCAGGUUUUUUGAUACGGGCGUAUUUUAUAUUUUCUCUCUUUUUAAGAUGUUCACGUAGUCAUAUCGUGGCUAUUUGAAAAACACGCGACAGGUAGCACUUGUUAAAAGGUGCCUUACAUCACGGUGUGAUGGGCAUGAUGUCUCACAGUUACACAAAGCUCACUUGAAAUCAUUGCUUCUUGCAGUGUGAAAGUGGUUAAAGACUGUUCAUACAUAUUAGGUGCUAUUGUAGCGAACAGGCUGCUGAACUCCUGUCAUGUUCCAUACUGUAAAGGCAUCCUCCUCCAGCUCUGUUAUUUCAUCUUGCAACAAGUUUAUACACAGCCAAGGACUUAGUUAUUACCGCAGAGCCACACCUGGUCCACAGGUGAACUACAGACUUUCCCACGACACUUCACACAUCAUCAUUAUUGUUGCUGUCACACUUUUAAUGUCAAGUCAUGUGAGGUGAAACAAACGUAACCCAUCACUAUUGAACACUAUAUCACUACGUGUUAUGGUUUACCAACAUGUUAUCCGUUAGCAUUUUUUUUCCAUUUUGCUAAGGAUAAAUUUGGGAAUCCUGGAGAUAUUGGCCUUCAAAAACAAACUACAUAUAAUGCGAUUUUGUGCCUCAACCUUCAUCAUAAUGUAAAAUUAUCUCAUUACCAGGUGUUCACAGAGUGAAUAUCCCGUUUUGCCACAGGGCAAGUCUACACUUCCGUCCUCAUCAGCGUCUUCGCAGGAGGUAUUCAACCGUAAUAAUUAGUGCCAGGCGACACAAAGACUCAGUGUGAUUAAUUUGAACUUUUGUUUUUGCGCAGCGCGUUAUCUCGGAGACAGCGGCGUGCGUGAGCCCAGACAGCAAGUAAUGGAAAAAUGACAGCUGAUGACGAUGAAAUAAGGCAGAAUAAAGGUCGGCGUACUCGUCCCAACGGGGAAAAAUAAAAAACAACUGGCGUUAUCUGCCUCAUUUUUCAGUGGCAUCCUGAAUUAUCACACAGGGCCCUGAUGAAAGGAAAUGACAUAUUGAACUGACUGUCAAACACAGACAUCACACUGAACUACUGAAAAAGUGCGAACGUGCAUUGUUUUUGCAUGUGUGUAUUGAAUUUAUAUGUGUAGUGGUAACAUUGGUCUAAACAACUUCUAAAAUAUAUUGGACAUUUUAAAAUGUACCAGAGUUCUUGAAUUUCUAUUAAGAAUCCAGAAGCUGCUCAACGACCUCUUCCAAUCAUUGAGUCAAUGGGACAUACUGAUUAAUAGUCUUUACAUGUAUUUGACAGUAGGGUUGUACUCUUUAUAAAUAUGGACCUAAAAUGACAUAAACCAUCCUUUACAAAAAAAAAAAAUGUAUUAUAGUGUUUUAGUUUGGCCCAAGUCCCAUCCACUAACAUGGAGGGUAUGGAGCUUAUGGCCUAUACUGCAGUCAGUCACCAGGGGGAGCUCUACUUGCUUUGGAUUUCGAGCAGAUGUUCGUCAACCAUCUUUAUGCUGUCUGUGGUAGUAAGAAAAAAGUAAACUGCGACAUAUUAUCGUGAGAAAAAACAAACACAGGAUUUAAAGUUAAAAUUAAUUAAUUAAUUUUAAAUGAUAGUGUUAGCCUAAUGGCGUAAUUGCCUAAGUCAUAUUUGAAAGUUUUUGGAAAAUCUGGGAAAAAAAAAACAAACUAAUUUUUAGCAAGCACAUUGGUGGUUUUUUUUUAUAACAAUAUCAGAAAACUUAAGCAAUGAGUAAACCAAGCUUUAUAAAAAUUAAAACCAAUGAGUUUUUUCUUUUUUUUUUUUUUCAGUUGUAAUGUCUGUAGGUGUACGUUUCAGUCCAUUGUGUUUAGUUUGAGUCUGCAUGGACCUGACAACUGUGAACUGGCCUCGAGAGGAUCCGUGACUCACACUGACCUGCACACAGUCGAUAUCUAAUCAAAUAAUGAGCCUUACACUGCAGUGAUAGAGAAACCGAACGAGGCCAAAGUAUCACAAAGAGCGCAUUGAUGAUGGUAGAUGGUAGCUAGAACCUCUCUUACCAGAACCAACCCUUACAGUUGUGAAACAACUCAUCUUCAAGCCGUCGCCAUCAAUCUAUCCGACUCCCACUCUUGUAUUGACGUAUGUGUUAUGUCAUAUCUCCUGUUAGCCCACUCAUAGAAACACACUUGUCAAGGAUGGCACCUUAGUUCCUUAGUAACAGCUUCCUGAAAGCAUCUUUAAAAGACUGUUCUCUACAUAUUUUACUUUUUUUUUCUUCCUCUUCUUUGUUCAUCUUCCUUGCCCAAAGCAGACACCUUCCGUACAUUAACCACGAUGCAACUCCUCCACCUGCAGUUCAGUCUGGGAUUGGGACGUGUUAUGCUGCUUAUGUAGCCAGCGACUUUCUAGAUAGCGGUACUUUGUGAAUACAGCCUCAAAAACAAUACGCUGAACUUCAGUAUUAGGAAUGUUAGAUAACAUAACGUAGCGUGGAAUGUGGGAAACCCUGUGCUAUGAACCUCUUAGGGAUUUCUGGUAUUCAUUGUAGUGUAUGAACAAAACUAUAAUAUCUCUGUCGGCACAAAAUACCAAUACACACUGUAUAUUUAUUGUUUUCAGAGACACUUAAUCCACUAUGUUACUUAAUUCAUCUACUGUUAAUAGCCACGGUAUACUACGUACAGGCAUGCACAGACAUUAUUCUCAUUAUAUACAGUACUACUGUAUCUGUUAUUUAUAGCUUUUAUAUGUAACUGGCACACAUCACGAUGCUUAGAAUAUUCCACUCCACACUGUUUUUUUUUAAAGCUUUUAUCUGCUAAGUAGGGGAACAUGGUUUGUUGGUGCUAUUCAAUUUAGAGGAAUUUUUUGUACUUUUUUUCCCCUUUACAUCCUUUCCAGAAUCACACUGGCAGAUCCUUGACCUUUGCCUUGAAACUGUUUUGUUUUUUGUUGGUGCAAUCAUCCUGUUAUUUUCUACCCACUACAUAGCAAUGCCUUUUCAUAUACACUAAUGCCCUCAAUACCUUUAGCUACGAAACUUCAAGCAAUGGUGUAAUAUGUUUGUAUGAAGACGACGGCGUCUUUGGAAAUGUUUGAAAAACUGGAAAAGAAACGUUCUCUUUU